CUUCUCUCACCUCCGUCCAUCACAUCUCUCUAUCCCCUUCUUCCCCCCCUCUCUCACCUCCGUCCAUCACAUCUCUCUAUCCCCUUCUUCCCCCCUUCUCUCACCUCCGUCCAUCACAUCCCUCUAUCCCCUUUUUCCCCCCCUCUCUCACCUCCGUCCAUCACAUUCCCUCACUCCUUCGCCCAAGAUGGAUUUCUUAUCCCUCUUUCCCUCCCAUUAUGCACUCGUCCACCUCCAUUACGUCACUCUUCUCCUUCACCAGUCCGGCGGUGAAGAGGCUGCUGGGAUGGAAACAGGGCGAUGAAGAGGAGAAGUGGGCGGAGAAGGCUGUGGACGCCCUGGUGAAGAAAGUAAAGAAGAAGAAAGGAGCGAUGGAGGAUCUGGAGAGAGCUCUCAGCUGCCCCGGACAGCCCAGUAAGUGUGUGACGAUCCCUCGGUCUCUGGACAGUCGUCUCCAGGUAUCCCAUCGUAAAGGCCUUCCCCACGUAAUCUACUGCAGAGUGUGGAGGCCCGACCUACAGUCUCAUCACGAACUCAAGGCCUUGGAGUGCUGCCAAUUCGCCUUCGGAUCCAAACAGAAAGACACCUGUAUCAACCCCUACAGACAC